CGCUUUUUGUACCACCUCUAGCAGGGCGUUUCUUCGUAGUUUUUAUUUACGUUUGUGAAUUCCUCUUAAUUUGUUAAGAAUCCCUAGCUUACAAGCCUAGAACUUGUAAUAAAAUGGAUCCCCGGACGAAUCUCAUAGCAAUCCUGCUGCUGGCAGCAUUGAUCCACGAAGGCUCUGCGAUUUGGUGCUACCGAUGCACUUCGGCCACUCCCGGCUGCGGGGAAAAGUUCAACUGGCGGGGAAUAGGAUUUUUGGGCGAGCACUGCCCGGAGCCAAACGACAUAUGCGUUAAAGUGACCGAAAGACGCGGCUCUAGGGAAACAAUUACCCGCGAUUGCCUUAGCGCCCUGAACUUCCGCAAAGACAUUCCCGCCGACAAGUAUGAAGGAUGUCGUCCUGCUGCCACGGACUUAAAGCUGGCUAACUACGUCAACCAUACGAUCAAGGAGCACGAUGUGCGGCGGGACUACUUUACGGACACAACGUUCUGCUUCUGCUUCCUGGACCACCGAUGCAAUAGCGCCAGUGGUCUGAAGAUGUCCGCUUUGAUGGGCCUGCUCACCGCAUUCGCUGCGCUGCUUCUCCGCUAGAAUAUCUUCAAAAGUGAAAAGCCAAAGUGCCUUACUAACCAACUCGACAACGACGAAUCUCGUCUAACAUUCCGUCCGCACUUUUGUGUACAAGUUUUUUACAUGACUACAACUUUUUAGAGUCUUGUGUUUAAUCAACUAAUUAAAUACAUUUUACCACAUUUAUAAACAGGA